CGUUGGACGAAACGUCACAGCCUGGAAGUCGACACUGGGAGCAACUCAUGCGGAAUACACUCGGCCGCAUGCUUCUUGUCGAAUGCAAGUGCUUUGCCGGUUCUUCAUGACUGCUCCCGGAAGACAAAAUGUUUGCAAGCUAGAAUUUGCGAUUACAAAAUUGCUUUAUCUACUUAGAACGACCCACUUUCACGAGUUGCUUCCUUUUGCUGUCACUGUCAGAUCUCUGGACAGAAAACUGUGAAGGGCGCCCCCUUGACUCUGACUCUGAGAAUCAAGGACGCUUUCUUUCCGGAAAAGAAUCUGGGAUAAAAUGGCACUAGCAAUCCACACUCCUGCUGUUCGCCCAGGCUCCUUGCGGUAUUCUACAGUUUCCCAGCGGCAGCACAUCGGAUUCCAUAGUGCUGUCAAGCUGAUUGCUGGAAGCAAUACAACUUUGAAGGCGCAGUUUGGAAAGAGGACUGCCAAUGGACCUGUAUCCAGAAGCUUCCAACCUCCGCAAAGCUCAAAGUCAGGUUCUCUCUGCUCCAGUGGGUUGUGCUGGAAUUAUCGUGAUUGGCCUCGCUCCAAGUGGGUUCCCUGUCUUUCGUCAAUGCAAGCAGGCAGCAGCAGGUUACGAGCUAGACAGAAGCGCCCAGUCCACACAGCUUUCGACCAUUCCAUUUCUCCACAUUCUUCAGCUCUAUACUCCAAUCAGUCUGCAUCAGCCAGAAACUUCUGCAAAUCCUGUGAGAAGAGGGGAAAGGGGCCCUUCGUUCCAUCUCAAGCCUACACUUGCAUAGGGUCAAACUCACAGGACACUUCUGUCAACCAACCAGUCUCCCCUACACGAUCAACGCCCUGCAGACUUCGUCUGUCUACAACCAGCCUAGUAGCACCUAGACGAAGGGGCUGUGAACCAGGUAUGGGGAGAAAAAGCAGCGGGCCAAGAAGGAGAAGUUUGCGCGCUGUGCGUGUGGAAGAUCUGAGCCCCGCGGCCCCACAGCCAGAAGAGGAGGAACCUGUGGAUGUGAAGGUUCCGGUGGGGUUUGUUGGAGAGACUUCGGACACUGUAUUUUCAGUCCGAAAGCUGCUGCCGGCUCCGAGCGUCCUUGUCACAGUGACGUUGCCCAAGCCUCUCGGAAUCGUUUUCGAGGAGUCGCGGAUUCGCAAGCGCGUUGUUGUGGCUGAUCUGAUCCCGGGGGGAAACGCAGAGCAGGCAGCGAGAGUCGUGCAAAUGUUUGGGACCGUCAGGACAUCAGGUCGAGACGGGGCCUCAGCGCGAACGGGGGCGGCGGUGCAAAAAGGGGACGUUCUUAGGGGAUUGACAACUACCCAAUGCAUCGUAGACCUGUUCGGGGUGCGAGCGCCCCGACGAGCGUCCGUCUACUUCGACACAAAGAACCGACGUUGGGGGGAGAUAAUGGGCGCCUUUGGGGCUGUCAAAGUGUCAGACGGGGAGAUCACGUUGGUCCUUGAACGCAAGCUGGAACGAGAUCAAGCACCACGGUAGCAUCGAUUAGGCAUGUUGGGCGAGGCUAGGGCGCCAGGCAACAACAUCGGCCAAUUUAAAGUUCGAUGAUAUACUAUGCAGAAGCGCUGCCAGUCCUACACUAGGGCUGAGGUAGGCUUCCUUGAUCAACAACGAUAGUGGUUCUCGAUUCCAGCAUGAGCCUGGCCUGUCAUGCAUGAUGUGCGA